AUGCAGUGGGACGUAGAUCCGAAAACAAUCUUCAUCAGGCUCCUGCCGGAUUCAGUAAAGGACUUUCAUCUUCACGAAUAUUUCUCAAAAUUUGGCGUAAUAAGAUACAUCCAUGUGUCGGAGUGGCACGAUUCCCGCCGGCGAGCGUUUAUUACAUUCCGUGACUUGGACUCCGUAAGGGAGGUGCUUGAGAUCCACCCACACCUGCUGAACGAGACACCAAUCAACGUGUAUCUUGCCAUAAUCAAACGAUCUUCAGACAAUGGAGGCAUUACUCCCGGUGUCGCAGAAUGCAACAGUGGCGACGACAUCCCCGCUAGUCUUGGAACUAAAAAGGCAGACAGCAGUGCAACUGAACUCGACUCCAAUCAUCCAAGUAUCUAUGUCGGUCACCUGACCCCCCGAAUCACUGAAUCGGACCUGAAGGCCUACUUUUCUAACUUUGGCCUUGUGACAGACGUCCAGAUAAUGAACGAUAGGUUCACGGGUGAAUCCCGGGGCUUCGGAUUCGUGAGUUUCGCUGACAUAGGAGCGGCUGAGAGUGUUCUGGAGAGCUGUCACUUCCUCAAAGAGUGUAGACUAAUUGUCAAGCCGUCGAAACGCCGUAGAAAUGUUCGUGACUCCAGUGUGCAACCGACCGCUGUGGUAUAUUUGGAUGUUUAUCUGCGACGGUAUCUGAUUAUGCUUACGACAUGCAAGACGAAACUUUGA